AUUCGAAACAGACGUGUCAGGCGUACGGAUCGGCAAGCGCAAUUCAAAACGAAACAGAUGAAAAUUCAAUGUGAAUGCAAAGUGAAAAUCAAGUGAAUACCAAGCUCACGCCGCACGCUAUACGUGAAUAACAACAGCAACAACAGAAGCAGCAGCAGCAGCAACAACAGCAGCAGCAGCAACAAAGUUUGUUGUACAUGUUUCGCAUCUCGACAACAUCAACAACAACAUCAUCAUCAUCAUCAGCAGUUACAACAAGUGCUUUUGUGUGUGUGUGUGUGGCAUAAAUUUGUGGCAUGCUGGUGAUGCCACAACUGUAAAUAUUCAUUGGGGCUAAUCAAGCGUCCAAUAACACACACAGACAGCAAAAAGCCAAACACAAUGUUUCGCUUUAGCUACAAGUCAUUGUUCAUUUGGCUGGAGGAAAACAACAAUUUGCCAAGAUCCAUGGCCUUUUCAAAAAGACACAAACAUCAUCAUAUGCAAAUGCAUAAGUCGAUGCCGCCGAUGCAGCCGCUGCUGCUGCUGAUGGCGAUCAUAAUGACGCUAAUCACGUCCGGAAAUAGCCACAUUUGCGGUCCGCCGGCUGUGCCCCUGAAUGCCAAAGUGCGCACAGUGUCCGGAGAGUCGGGAAUCUCGGAGGCGCACUAUACCUGCGAUGCGGGCUACGAGCUGUUUGGCUCGCCUAGCAUCAAGUGCGAUGCGCGCAGUGGCUGGGAGCGGGAGUUACCCUUCUGCGGUGUGAACGUCGCCUAUCGGAAGCCGGUGAACCAGAGCUCCUACACACGCAGUGGUCCGGCGAGCUAUGCGAACGAUGGCAAGCCGGGCAACAAGAAUCCUGAUGGACAAGAGUGCUCCGAAACACAAAAGGAGCCAUCGCCAUGGUGGCGUGUGGAUCUGCUUGCACCGCAGGCGGUGCAUGUUGUGCGCAUUACAACGCGUGGCUGCUGCGGUCAUCAGCCGCUGCAGGAUCUGGAGAUACGCGUGGGCAAUAGCAGCGCUGAUCUGCAGCGCAAUCCGCUCUGCGCCUGGUAUCCCGGCACACUGGACGAGGGCGUGGUCAAGACAUUUACCUGUGCCAGGCCCCUGGUGGGUCAGUAUGUGGCCAUACAGCUGGUGGGUGUGGAGGGCAGCCUAAGCCUCUGCGAAGUGGAAACAUUCACUAACGAUGAGUUCUCUGUGGAUCGUUGCCUGAGUCCCAAAAUCGGCGUGGAUACAGUGGUCACCACGUUCUCCAAGACCUGCUAUGAUUUUCAUAUAACGAAGGGCGAAAGCUUUGACAAGGCGCAGGCAAUUUGCAAGCAAACUGGCGGUGAUCUGGUGCAUAACUUCCGUGGUGCAACCAGCUCAUAUUUACUCUCGGAGCUGGAGCGCCGCAAGACGGAGCUGAAGCCACAGCUGGUAUGGAUUGGCGCACAAAAGGAGCCGGGCAUUACUAGUCGCACCUGGAAGUGGGUGAAUGGCGACGUUGUGCAAAAGCCCGCCUGGGGCAAAGACCAACCUAACAAUUAUAAUGGCGAACAAAACUGCGUUGUCUUCGACGGCGGUCGCAAUUGGCUGUGGAACGAUGUCGGCUGCAAUCUGGACUAUCUACAUUUUAUCUGCCAGCAUUCGCCAUUGUCUUGCGGAUCGCCGGAUGCGCAUCAGAAUACCACUGUGCUGGGCAAAAAGUUUACGCUGGGCGAGAAGAUACAGUACGAUUGUCCCAAGGGUCAUUCGCUGCUCGGUCACAUGGAGCGCCAGUGCCAGACAGAUGGCACUUGGAGUGGUCAUGCACCUACCUGCAAGUACGUGGACUGCGGCGAAUUGACCCAGCUAAAGUUCGGCUCCAUACAUUUGUCGGAGGAGCGUACGAGCUAUGGCGUAGUAGCCACAUACAGUUGCCAUGAGAAUUAUACGCUUAUAGGCAACGAGAAUCGUACUUGCCAGCAGGAUGGCUGGAGCGGCAAGCAGCCUGAGUGUCUGGUGGACUGGUGUCCCGAUCCGCAGCCCAUUACCGGCGGACAUGUGCACUUUACGGACAAGCGUGCGGGCUCUACGGCAACAUAUACUUGUGAGCUGGGCUAUGUUUUGGUGGGCGAGGCUAUUAUCUCCUGCGGCCUGGGUGGAGAAUGGUCCAGUAAGACACCGUCGUGUAAAUUUGUGGAUUGCGGUGCGCCUGCGCGUCCAGAUCGCGGCAUAUCCAUACUACUCAAUGCGACAACCACAGUGGGCUCUGUGGUCAAGUACGAGUGCGAUGAGGAUCAUUGGCUGGACGGGCCCGCCGAGCUUUACUGCACACGCGACGGCAAAUGGUCCGGCGAGGCGCCUGUUUGCGAGCUGGUCACCUGCGAGACGCCCCAAGUGCCCACCGGCGCCUUUGUCAUUGGCUACGACUACAACGUGCACUCCAAAAUCCAAUACAACUGCGAUCCGGGCCACAUUAUGCACGGCAAUGCGAUGCUGGAAUGCCUCGACUCGGGCGAAUGGAGCUCCGAUGCGCCCUUCUGCGAAUAUGUGGACUGCGGCACUAUUUUGCCCAUACCUUAUGGCAGUCACAAGUAUGUGACCAACACCACCUAUGUGGGCUCCGAGGUUGUCUUCAGCUGCUCGCAGUCGCAUAAGCUGAACGGCGUCCUCAAGCGCAAGUGCUUGGAGUCCGCCAGCUGGAGCGAUGCCUCGCCCAAGUGUGAAGAGAUACGCUGCCAUGAGCCGAAGCUGGCGGCGCACAGUCUGCUCUCCGUGACGGGCAAUGAUCGCAUGUACGGACGUACGCUCAUACGCACGGCGGAGUCGAAUCAGAAUACACAGACCUACAAAAUUGGCGCCUUGGCCAAAUAUCGUUGUGAACGUGGUUAUAAAAUGGUGGGCGAAGCCUUGGCCACCUGCACCGACACUGGCAAAUGGAGCGGAGAUAUACCCGAAUGUGUCUAUGUGGAAUGCGGUGCAGUGGAGAACAUUAACAACGGCAAGGUGACGCUGGCCACCAAUGCCACCUACUAUGGCGCCGCUGUGCUCUACGAAUGCAAUGCCAACUUCAAGCUUAACGGCGUCUCGCGACGUCUGUGCACGGAGCACGGUAAUUGGAGCCACGAGGCGCCCGAAUGUGUGGAGGUUGUGUGUGAGCUGCCGCCUGUUAGCGAUGGCCUGUUGGUGGAGGCAGCGACGCGCGCUGUGGGCUCGCUGGCCAACUUCAAGUGCGCCAAGGGACGCAUACUGAUGGGAAACGAUACGAGAGUAUGUCAAAAGAAUGGCAAAUGGGCCGGCAAGAGUCCCACAUGCAGACCUGUGGACUGUGGACGCCCGCUGACCAUAGACAAUGGGCGCGUCAUUGUGGUCAACGACUCGACGCUGUAUGGUGGGUCGGCGGAGUAUCAUUGCAUACCCAAUUACAAUCGCAUUGGUCAGUAUCUGCGCAAGUGCACCGAGGAGGGCGCUUGGAGUGGCGAGCAACCGCAAUGCGAACUGGCCACGGUGGAGGGCCAGGAGAGCUCAGAGCUGGGCACGGGUGUGGCUAUUGGCGCUACGGUUAUAGUAGUGCUGCUGCUCAUCUUCGGACUCAUCUUUCUGUAUCGCAACAAAGCGCGACCGGUGAAGAAUACAGAGAAUGUGCAGGCAGCCGAAACAAAGGACGAACGCAAUGCUGCCGUCAUGUCGUACUCCACACUGGAGGCCAACAAUCGCAUGCAUAUGGACAACAAUCCUUCGGCUACCUUCAAUACCUUUCAGGGUGGUCUGACACGUCGCAACCUCAGCAACAACAAUAACAAUAAUAAUAUUAACCAUAAUGGCGACGGUGGCGAUAACAAUCGCUCCGAGAACAUCUACGAUCAGAUACCAAAUGAACAGUUUUACGACGCGCCCUAUGAGAUGCGCACCAAUGAUGAGGUCUACGAGCCCGAACCGGUGGCCAGCAAUGUGAUCACAAUCAAUGGCAUCUCUGUGCGAUAGAUACACUUACACACACACACACACACACACACACACACACGCACGCACGCACACAUAUGUGAUAUGAGUGUACAUACAGACGUAACUGUCUGUAAUUAUGUUUUAGAUUAUGUUAAACAAUUGAAAUUCUGUUUAUAAUUGUAUAUAGUAAUUUAAGCGCAGCCUACUUAGCAUACUAGGUAUGUUUGUAUAUGCAUAGUUAAUUUACAUCACAUACGAUACAAUAUGUACUUACAUAUAUUUGUACAUCACAUACGAAACAUGGAAGACAAGUCAAGACAACAACAAUUUAGAGCACGAUUUCCGUUCCAUGUGUUUAAUUUUUAUUUUCUACAAAAUUAAUAUACCUACGUAUUU